UUCACCUACGACGGCGACGGCGACCGCGCCGAGCCCGCGGGCGGUUUCAACUCUUUCGAUCCGUUCCCGGGAAUCCCGGCGCCGACCAAGCCGGAGGAGGUUCACGAGGCCGCCGCCGCCGAGCCAGAGACGGCGGACGACGACGCGCCGGCGACGCGCGCGCUCAGCACGCUGAGCCUCGUCGGAGAUGACCUGGACCCCUACGCCGGCGCGGAAGAAGAGGACCUCGACGGCGUCGACUCGAUCCUGGACGCCAUCCUCGGCGAGGAGGAGGAGGGCCGCACGCCGUCGCCGCCGCCCAUAAAUAGGGAAGGCGAGGCCUGGGCCGAGGUCGCGCGCUUGCGGCGCCAGGUCGCGUCCCUGACACGCCUUCGGGACGCCGUCGACCGCUCGCUCGACGCCGACCGGGCGUGCGCCCAACGCCUCCGCGUCGACACCCUCGAGGUCCGGAAACUGCGGCGCGAGCCUGUGCGGAAAUCAAAUUUCAGGCGCCCCACGCCAUCGGCGCGAUGAUGCCUCCGUAGCUACAUCUGCGUGGAGUUUCCAGGCCAUCGACGCGAUCAUCGUCGCGAUGUUGUCCCCGUGAUCGCGACGGCUCGAUGGGAUGGAGGUUCAGAAACUAAGUCACUGGUUGAUUUCCCCACAGGCGCGCGCUCCGUGGCCUGCGGCAGCUCCACCGCGCCUACGCGGAGCGCGACCAGAACGCGCGCCAGGUCCGCGCGUUGAUCCAAGCGGAGCGCGAGCAGCGGGUGUUGCUCGAGGAGGCGACGUUGCGAGAAUGCGCCGCGUACGAACGCGGCGUCAACGACGCGGAGCGCGCGCUCCUCGAGCCCACUGUGCGGAAGCAGAUCCGCGCGGAGCGGCGGGAGCGGCCCGCGGAGGCUGUAUCAGCCGCCGUCCGGCGCGCGUGCCUCCAGGCCGUGGGCGUCGGCGUGCUCGUCGGCGCGACCGUCUACUACUUCCACGACGACGGCACCGAUUUCCAGGUGCCCGCGCGCGUCGCGCACCACGUCGAGCUCGCGCUCACGCACGCGAAACUAGCGCUUUCAUAA